CCAUGACCCAUUCACUAUUGACGUUGACACUUGCUUCAGCAUUGACACAUUACAAAAAGGGGUGUUUCCGAGGCAAUAUCAAAUAAUCCAACCACCUUUUCAUCUUCGUGGGCAUUCCAACCAGAUCAUACAAUGGACGGUUUCGGUGACAACUUUACCAAUGACAAUGAGGUUGAUCCAGCAGCUGAAUUCCUAGCACGUGAACAGGAUCAACUGGCUGGUCUAGAGGAUGAAAUUCCUCCAGUGGUCAUGAACACACCGGCAACCGCUCCCGCUGUAGCUGACGAUGAUUUGUCUGGAAACUUUGAAAAUAUGACAAUCGAGUCCGGUGGAAAUGGCACCGGAAGUUUCGAGAUGAUAAAUACCAUCGAGCAGCCAACUGAUUCAGAGUUUUCAGCCUCAGAGGCUGCCCCAGCUCCAUCACUUCCCAGGGAGGAGCCGGAGAAGAUCAAAAAGUGGAGGGAGGAACAAGCAGCUCGACUCGAGGAGAAAGAUGCUGAGGAGGAAACGAAGAAGGAGGAAUGGAGAGAAGCUGCCAAAAAAGAACUGGAGGAGUGGUACAAACAUCACGCCGAGACUACCAGUAAAACAAAGGCCACAAACAGGGAAUCAGCCAAGAAUGCCGAGAAGCAGUUUGUCGCUGAGGCGGACGAAGUGGAGCCUGGCACCGAGUGGGAGCGUAUCGCCAAACUCUGCGAUUUCAAUCCAAAAUCAUCGAGAACAUCCAAGGACGUAUCCAGAAUGCGUUCAAUAAUUCUCCAAUUAAAGCAGACACCACCACCAACCACGUCCAUCAAUGCUUGAUCAAAUUAAUUAUCAUGUGGGAAUAAUAAGUUCAUAUUGAUGAAGAAAGGAUAAAUAAAUAUAAACUCAUUAAUUAUCGUAUGCACUAGGAACAAUGGGACGGUUCCAAGUGCAUUGAGAUUGAGAUCACUUGUAAUGUUAUUGUGAAUAAAGUUUACGGAUGAAAUUAGAA